CCACCCCUCACCCCCUGUCCAGCCCGUUCCCCAGGGCCCCACAACUUCAGAAACUGGGGGGAGGAGGACAGAAGAAGGGAGUCCAGUCAAAACGCUUCCAGAACUGGGCCUGGAGGAGGGCGAGGCGUUUCCUUAGCGAGGGUGCCGGCCUCGCCCCUUGUUUGCUCUGAGAUAGCCAGGCUCGCCCCGACCUGCAUGCGAGGCUGCCCUGUGGGCACCGCCUUCCCUUCCUGCGCGGGGACACCAGACCCAAGACGGCAGGACGCGGCCAUGGCCCGGCUCCCCGGGCCUUUGCUGUGCGGGGCGCUGCUGGGCUUGGUCUGCAUGACUGCGCCCGGCCGCGCGGUGGAGGUGCGUGUGCCCGCGGAGCCCCUGAGCGCGCCGGUGGGCAAGUCGGCCGAGCUGACCUGCACCUACAGCACAUCCGUGACGGACAGCUUCGCCCUGGAGUGGAGCUUUGUGCAGCCCGGGAAGCCCAUCUCUGCGUCCGCGCCCAUCCUGUACUUCACCAACGGACAGCUGUAUCCCACGGGUUCUAAGGCAAAGCGGGCCAGCCUGCGUCAGAACCCCCCCACAGGAGGGGUGGCCACCCUGACCCUGGCGGAUGUCCAGCCCUCAGACACAGGAACCUACCUCUGCCAAGUCAACAACCCGCCAGAUUUCUACACCAAUGGCUUGGGGCUAGUCAACCUUACUGUGCUGGUGCCCCCCAGUGGCCCCGUGUGCAGCCAGACCGGUCACACGUCUGUGGGAGGCUCUGCUGCCCUGAGGUGCAGUUCCUCUGAAGGGGCUCCCAGGCCCGUGUACAACUGGGUCCGCCUUGGAUCUUCUCCUACACCUCCUCCUGGCAGCAUGGUGCAAGAUGAGGUGUCCGGUCAGCUCAUUCUCACCAAUCUCUCGCGGGCCUCCUCUGGCACCUACCGCUGUGUGGCCACCAACCAGAUGGGCAGUGCCUCCUGCGAACUGACCUUGUCUGUGACUGACCCUUCCAAAGGCCGAGUGGCCGGGGCGGUGAUCGGAGUGCUCCUGGGCGUGCUGAUCCUGUCUGUUGCUGUAUUCUGCCUCAUGAGAUUCCAGAAAGAGAGGAGGAAGAGGCCUAAGGAGACUUACGGGGGUAGUGACCUUCGAGAGGACGCCACCGCUCCUGGGAUUUCUGAGCAAACCUCUGGGAUGACUGAUCCUAGCGAUGGGCUCCUGGAGAAGCCCCCCUCUGCCGCCUCUGUGAAGACCACCAAGUCCAAGCUCCCUGUGGUCGUCUGACUUCCCCGCCCAUCACCGAGGGGGAACACCCACAAUUAAAGCCUCCGGGUACCAUCUUGUCUCCCUCUUCCUUCUGCGGUGCAGCAAACCCCCUAGGCGGCCCGGAGUGUUACCAGUCAGGGAAGGAGUGGGCUGACGGCCCGGAUGUGAUGCUGUCUUCGGGAAGGGGAGGUUUUAUCCGACGUCCCUCGCCCUUCUCGCCCUUCUCGCCCUUCCCCCCCACCUCCACCCUUUGGUUGGGUCAAAGGAGACUUGUUCAAGUUGUGAGCAAUGGUUUUGUGCACCCAGGCACCCUCCCCUCUCACACCCUUGGGACACUUGGACAUUCCUGUUUAUUGUUCACAUUCCAACCCAGCACAGUCACAUGCACACUCGUAGAUUAAAAAAAAAAAAAAAAAAAUUAAAAAAAAAUCUUCCGGCCACAGCCCCAGGGGCCCGUCGGGGGCGGAGCCAGCAGGGCAGGGGCCGGGCCACAACGGACUCCUCCCACCGAGCCACCCCGCGCUCAGCGUCCGCAAAACAAGAAGAGCUGGUGGAGGGGUGGCUCUGCGGCGCCUGGGUGCGCGGAGGGCCGAUGGCAG